AUCGUGUUUGAAGGAAUAAUCGGGGACGGAUAUAGAGGGGACAUAGCAAUAGAUGACAUUUCUAUAAGAUCGGGAUCGUGUUCAGAUUGUGACUUUAAUGAUGACUUUUGUAACUGGAUGCAAUUUGAUGGUGAUAAUUUCGACUGGGACAGAGGAAAGGGAAUAACGGAAACUUGGUACACUGGACCAAACGGUGAUCAUACAUCUGGAGUGGGUUACUACAUCUACUUAGAAACGUACAGAUGGAACAAGGGUAAAAUAGCAAGAUUAAUGAGUCCGAUGCAGUCAUCAGGUCAAUACUGUUUAACAUUUUGGUACAGUAUGUACGGUGGAGAUAUUGGUGCAAUCAACGUUUACAUAGAAAUGAAUGACGGGAACAAAACUGUUAUUUUCUCAAAAGACAAGGACAUAGGCGUUCCUGAUUGGUGGAAAUCGGUUUCGAACAUAAAUGCUUUUGACUCAUAUCAAAUCGUGUUUGAAGGAAUUAACGGGGACGGAAAUAGAGGGAACAUAGCAAUAGAUGACAUUUCUAUCAGAUCUGGAUCGUGUUCAAUAGAUUGUGAUUUUGAUACCGAUUUUUGCAACUGGAUGCAAUCUGAUGGAGAUAACUUCAACUGGGAUAGAGGAAAGGGAAGAGUGACUAGCGACACUGGACCCAACGCUGAUAAAACAUCAGGAAGAGGUCACUAUAUCUACAUAGACACAAGCUAUAGAAAAAGACAUGAUACAGCAAUAUUAUUAAGCCCCCUUCAGGACGCUGGGAAGUAUUGUCUCUCAUUCUGGUAUUACAUGUAUGGUUCCAACAGUGUUAGACUUCGCCUACAAAUAUGGAAUACGAUCGGCUCAGAGCGUACAAUGUUUUCAAUUGAAUCAGCCCUGGGCCACCAACAAUGGUUUCAAAAAAUGAUUUUUUUAUAUUCAGAAGAUGUUUUUCAGAUAGCUGUCGAGGGAAGAGCAAACUAUUGGUGGGCUUCAGGAAUCAUAGCAAUGGAUGACGUUACACUGUUUUCCUGUCAAGAUUGUACGGAUCUCGAAAUAGCCAAUGCUGUCAUUAAAUCAUCAAACUAUGAGUACGGUUCAGUGGUAAAAAUACAAUGUAAUAAUGGAUACAAUCUUGUUGGAGAUUCAGAGAUCGUUUGUAAGACGAUGGGAAAUUGGAGUGGAACUGCAACGUGUAUUCCACAUGAUUGUGGGGAUCUUACAAUUCCUAAUGGAACUCUGUUUACUCCAAAUGGAACAAGGUUUGGACAUGGCGGCAUACAAAAGUGCAACACUGGCUUUGUUUUGAUCGGAGAUCCAAACAUCAAAUGCACCGCUAACGGUUGGUCAAACAGAACGGCAUACUGCAAUUUUAUGGAUUGCGGAAACUUUUCAAUUCCAAACGGGAAACUCUUAACUCCAAGUGGAACAACGUUCGGACAAGUAGGCAGAAAAGAAUGUAACACUGGGUUUAUUUUGAAUGGGGAACCAAAUGUAAGAUGUACUCUCGAUGGAUGGUCAAACAACUCUGCAAACUGUAGACUUGUUGAUUGCGGUUACUUUUCAAUUCCAAACGGGAAACUCUUAACUCCAAAUGGAACAACAUUCGGACAAGUAGGCAGAAAAGAAUGUAACACUGGUUUUAUUUUAAAUGGUGAACAAAAUGUAAGAUGUACUAUUAAUGGAUGGACAAACACAACUGCAUACUGUAGACUUGUAGAAGUUGAGACAAACAGCAGCAGUCCUCUAAUCGUCGUGUAUGUUUUGGUUCCUGUCGUUUUCAUCAUGAUUGCAGCUACUUUUACUGUCGUGUACAUGAGGAGAAGACAUCUGAGUUGCAUGAAAGUAUUAAAAACUUUCAGAAGAGCUCGAGAAGUACCGUCUGGAGAUUCACUGCAAGGAGAGAGUCAUUCAAACCAAAUGUAUAGUAACGAAAACCUUCAACUUGAUGACGAAUAUGCAACAAUAUCCGGAGAACAAACUGACGAUAACAAUUUAGGUACCGUUUAUUACGCAACCGUUGAUAGAUCCGGAAAAAAGAAACCCGGUGUCUCAAAGGAAGAUAAUCAAACAAAAUCCACUGAUUACAAUAAAUCAGCUUGUAGCAUUGAUUUAAAUGAAUGCAAUACAUAUAAUGUACUAAGCGCUAAGUCUCUAAAUAAGAAUUUACAAGGUGGCGAAGAGCAUGACUUGGACUACGACAGUGCAUGUACCAGACGAAUGAAGACCGAAGCAUCUAACCAUGAUGACUAUUCCCAUAUGGGUGAUCUUGAAAUGAAAUACCAGCACACUCAACAUUUUCUCCCCCAACCGGACAUAGAGAAAAAUACAGAUUACUCUCAUAUUGACAGAGUCAGUAACAAGGAAGUCCCAGAACGUUUGGAAACAGACUACAACGACAACGAUGAUGAGUACCAACAUUCAGUCGUGAAAGAGAAGAAGAAAUCCGGAAAGCAUACACCUAAGAUAAAACAAAUUGAAGAUCAAGAAGAAACAGAUUAUUAUAAUGUCGCACAAAUCAAAGACAUGUACGAAAGUAAUAAAUCUGAAAAUCAUGAUAACUUUAUUCUAGAAAAGACAUAUAUUCAGUGAGGGGAGUGGGGUGUGAGUGUGUGUUGUUUUUUGUGUUUGUUUGUGUGUGUGUGUGUGUGUAUGCGUGUGCGUGUGUGUGCGCGUGUGCGUGUGUUUUUUUUCAUUACAAAACCUUAUUGGACUUUUGCGUAAUUUUUGUGUUCAACUUUAUAAUUUUAUAAUCCUGUAACAUUUUUUGACAAACGUACAGCUGUUUAAUUUGACAGAAUUAUGGCAUUUUAUAAAUAAUUAUGUCGACAAACAACACCAUUAUGCUUCUAAAGACAUUGGCCAAAAGUGAAUUAACUAAACAGGAGUGAUCAUUUAAUAGUCCUCUUUAAUUUUAUUUUACCUGCUAAUCAAGAUGGCCGCCAAAACAUUAAACGCUAAGAUUGGAACUACAAAAACCUGUUAACAUAGCAAACAUUAUCAAUAUCUGAAAUAUCAAAUUUCGGUCGGAAAAUAUACCUACCUUCAACAGUAUUUCCUCCUAAACUGCUGAGAAAAAUUUGAAUAAGACUAUUACAGUAUUUAUCGAUCACCGAAUUAAGCUUGAAAACCUUUAAGUCUAUGUCCAACGUGGUAAUAGUUCAACCUCGGUUUGCUCGAAUUACCGAUCUCUCGAACAAAUUUGCACAGUUCGAGCGAAUCAAGUUCAACUGUAUAUAGAAAUGAUCCCUGGGAAGUUCUUAAUAAACAGUUGUUGAACAAGAUGACCACCAAAGUAAGAAUUUAACUUAUUUUCACUAUUUAAAUAAUUUUCACAUUUUUAUUAAACUCCAUAGGAAUGUUCCAUGGCUAGUCCUCUACCUAUAUUGCUCUAUUUGACCCAGUUUGCUGAACAACAAUGAGAUCACAGCAAAAAAUGGCUUUCGAUGAAACAUAGGAAAAGGUUUAAUCUUUACCAUUAAAAAACAAUAGCCUAGGAUGAGCAAUUAGAGGCAAUCACGGCCCUUUUCUUUAUCAAUGUUGUUAAAAAAUAGGGAGAUUUUAGCCUUAUUUUACAUAUAUCGUAUCACGCCCGUGAUAUGUUUAUCGAUUGAAUUGCAAAAGUUAUGUGAGCACAACAAAAUUAAUACGAAAACAAAAUAAUUUCAUCAUGCGCUGUAACAGUUUCAAAGGAACAGUGACUUUUUAUUUACCCAAAUGUCAUUUAAUUUCCCGUACUUAAAGAGCUUAGCUUAUAAAUUCAGUAACAGAAAUUAUUAUAUAAGCAUUGUUUAUUGUUCUGCCGACUUAAUAAAAGCAUAAUGGCAUAAUGGCGAUUCUGAAGGCUUUCAGCUAUUGCGGAACAAAUACAAACGAUUGAUUUAAAUAGUUUUGUAAGUUUCUAAUGAAUCAACGUUCAUAUGUAAUGACAUGAUAAAUACAUGUAUUGACAGACAUCUAUUUGCAUCAUUUUCGAUUGUCAAAACCCGUUGCUUCAUCAACAUAGGUAAAACUGCGUUAAAAAUCCUGUAACUCAAUUUUUGUAUGGUUUUCUAUUAUAAAUAUGAUGCUCAAAUGAAGAUUAAUCAAUAUUGUAAGUUUCGAAAAGCAUUAUUUGUAAAGAUAAUACCGAAUUUACAUUUUCAUGUUAAUAAAGGGAGGUAAUUAGAAAUUUAUUUUCUAUAAAGUCUAAGUCAAAUAUUUCAAAAAGAAAUGAAUGCAUCUAUUUUAAUGAUUACAUACAAUGUGGACACAUAUUUGCAGUUCAUAUUUUACAUACUCUUUAAUGUUUGAAAAUUGUUUAAGAAGCAUAAUUAAAUAUACAUAUAUAAAAUUUUACUUAUGUGUGGUAACAACCUUAAUUACAACAUUGGUGCUUACUUCUGGUCAGUGAAGAACAAGACGUGUAUGGUUUACAGAUGAGUAUUGAUGAAUGUUUGUAGAAAUUGUUAGAUGUAUCUUAUACAUUAUUAAAACAUUGUUUAUCAACAAUAUUUCGGGUUAUUCCGAUCUUGAAACAAGAUUUGAAUAUGCAAUUAUGAUUUUUUUGCAACAGUUACUUCCCUUUAUUAAGUUAUUGUACGGGGCUUAAUAUUUUGACAUGCUUUUUACUGUUUUAUAGGCAUUGUUGUUUUCAUUAUGAAAAGUAUUACUCGGAAUUGAAUGUAAAGCUUUUAUUUUUUUAUGUUACUCUUGCUCUUCUUAUUUCCUGCCCUGCCCUUCAUAUGUCAAAUAAUUGCUACAUGUCAAAAACUAUUAAUAUGUUGUAAUAUCAAAAGGGGGCAGAAUGACUUUGAAUAUGAAUAAAAUUCUGUGAAGUGUGUUAUAUUACUGGGAACACUGCCUCAACUGUUUUAUACUUUAUCGACAUUAUGUAUUUGAGGUAAAUAAGUAAUGUAUGUCAUUUUGUUUCACAAAUAGUGCUCGACCUUGACAAGCUUAAUAUUGUGACAUCAUCGUCAUGGCAGGAUUAUAUGUAAAAUAAUCAUUUACAAUGACAAUUGUAAAAAUAGUGAAGAUGACUUUUAUUUACAUCUGGCCCGUUAUGUAACAUAAAUGAUAACAAGAGCCACCGCCGGGCGGGGGCAACGCUCGAUUUUUUACUUUUUCUAAACGCAAACAUAGAAAGGUUUGAACAUAUGUUAACGUUUCCUUUUUAAAAAUUUAGUUGGUCUGUCUUGUCACAUUAGUUUUGUUUAUCUAUUUUAUAUAUAUAUAUGAAUAGAAACACGCAAUUCAAUAAAUAGAAACACGCAAUUCUAUAAAUAGAAACACGCAAGUCUAUAAAUAGAAACACGCAAUUCAAUAAAUAGAAACACGCAAUUCUAUAAAUAGAAACACGCAAUUCUAUAAAUAGUAACAAGCAAUUCAAUAAAUAGAAAGACGCAAUUCAAUAAAUAGAAACACGCAAUUCUAAAAAAAGUAACACGCAAUUCUAAAAAUAGUAACACGCAAUUUCUAUAAAUAGAAACACGCAAUUUCUAUAAAUAGAAACACGCAAUUUCUAUAAAUAGAAACAUGCAAUUCUAUAAAUAAAAACACGCAAUUCUAUAAAUAGAAACACGCAAUUCUUAAACUAGAAUGUUGUUGUUGUUGUUGUUGAUGAUGAGGAUGAUGAUGAUGAUGAUGAUGAUGAUAGAUAUGUAUAUAUAUAUAUGGUCAUUUAAUGCAUAAAUCUGAGAAAUUUCUGUAAUUUAACCUUCAAGGUCAAGGUCAUUAAUGAGCCCAAGCAAAUUUGGGUUUGAUAAACAACAAGGUCUGGUCCUUAAGAAUGUUCUGUUAUAAUAUGAAGUUGAUCCCUUUAAUAAUAGCAAAGUUACAGUCAGUUACCGCCAAAACAAUGAAAAUUUCAAUAAUUUGACCUUCAAAGACAAUGUCAUUAAUGAGUGAAGGUCAAGGUCUUUCGGUAUGUUUUUUGACAGUUAUCUUUGAAGAUUAUUAUGUUCAAGUUUCAAGACAAUCUAUUCAAAAAUAACAAAGUUACAGCCAAUAAUAGCAAAAAAAUGAAUAUUUCAAUAAUUUGACCUUCAAAGUCAAGGUAAUUUAUGAGUGAAGGUCAAGGUUUGUCUAGUUAUUUUUAAGGGAUAUCCCUGAAGAUAAUUAUGUUCAAGUUUGAAGACAAUCCAUUCAAAAAUAACAAAGUUACAGCCAAUAAUAGCCAAAAAAAUGAAAAUUUCAAUAAUUUGACCUUCAAAGUCAAGGUCAUUUAUGAGUAAAGGUCAAGGUCUGGUUAGUUAUUUUAAAGGGAUAUCCUUGAAGAUUAUUAUGUUCAAGUUUGAAGACAAUCCAUUCAAAAAUAACAAAGUUACAGCCAAUAACAGCAUGAACAAGCAAAAAUUGGACUUUUAACCUUGAAGGUCAAGGUCAUUUAUGUAUGAAGGUCGAGGUAAGUGUGGUCUACUGAAAGGUCUUGUCCCAAGGGUUGUUGUGGCCAAGUAUGAAGACAAUACACCAAGAAAUAAAAAAGUUAUGAUCCAGGUACAAGUUUGCGGACGGGAACGGCAACGGCAACGCCGACCCGACUAUAACAAUACCUCUCCUUUUUUUUCAAAAAAGAAAAAGUCGAGCUAAAAAUUGCAAUAAUUUACUAUAUUUAUUUUGUAAUAUUGACAUGUUCAAAUAUUUAUAAACAUCCUUUAUAUAUGUUAUAUUAACAUAAUAUUAUCAUGUAAAUGCAACCUGAAACAUUGCCAAACUCGUCAUCAUUAAUAAAUGUACAUGUCCGCAAUGCAACAUGCGACUUUUUAUGUUGUUAUUUUCUAUCGUAUAUAUUGUUGUAUUUCAGCGUCCGACCUUGAGAUUUUUGAUACAUACUGUUUAAGUUUAUCCUUUGUCACA